GUAUUAGAAUGUCUACCUGCAGGGUACACAAUGUGAGAUUUUACGACUUAGAACCAAGAGCAAUACAUUGUAUGGCAUAUGAAUCUACUCGAAAGCAACUAGCCUUAUCCAGAUCUGAUAGCUCAGUAGAAGUCUGGAAUCUUGCCUGCACUCCUCACAUUGAACGAACCAUACCAGGGAGGGGAAACAGUUCGGUCGAAGCAGUAGCAUGGUGUGGACAGCGCUUAUUCAGUGCUGGCCUUCAGGGAACAGUUACAGAAUACAACUUGCAGACACUCUCAAACAAGUUUGAUAUCCCUGUGACAGCUGGCCCCUGUUGGUGUCUUGGAAGCAACCAUAAUAACACAUGUCUUGCAGCUGGUACUGAAGAUGGAUACAUCAAUAUUUUCACAGUCACUGAUGAUGGAUUAAUAUAUGAGAAGGUUCUGGAUAAACAGGAAGGUCGAAUCUUGUGUCUGGCGUGGGAUGCAACAGGCGAUGUGAUUGUGACAGGCUCAGCUGAUGCUGUACGCAUCUGGAACGUAGAGUCAGGGCAUGCAGUACAUCGUAUGACACCUGGUCGGGAUGAGAGAAAGAAGGAGACCAUUGUGUGGUGUCUUGCAGUUACCAAGGAUUUCACCAUUAUUAGUGGUGAUUCCAGAGGUUGUAUGAGUUUCUGGGAUGGCAAUGUGGGCACACAGAUCGAAAGUUUCCAGACCCAUAAGGCAGAUAUUUUGUGUCUGUGUUUAGCUGAAGAUGAAAAUUCUGUUUAUUGUGCUGGAGUGGACCCAUUGAUCAUUAGCUUUGCAAAGAUUUGGCUGCGAGGUGGUGCUGGUACUGGCAGAAGCAAGUGGGUGAAGUCAGUGCAGCGUCGCAUCCAUGACCACGAUGUCCGAGCACUUGCUUUAGCUGAUGGGAAACUCCUCUCAGGAGGUGUAGACAGUUACCUGGCAAUAAGCAGUUACCCUCCACGUCAACUUGUGAAAUAUCCACCUCUUCUUCAGGCUCCAAGUGUAAGCAUCUGCCCAGAAGCUCGAUUUGUGAUGCUGCGGUACUUAACGCAUGUAGAAGUGUGGCAGCUUGGCAGUACAGCACCCAUUACAAAUGGAGAUGCAGUUCAUGAAGGCAUUUUGCCUCUGAUUGCAGAUCCACUUCGAUUACUCACUCUCAAAUCACGAGGGGGUGAUGUCAUUGUCUGUGCAGAUAUGAGCAGUAAUGGAAAGUGGAUAGCCUAUUCUAGUCUUAGGACAACAAGCUUUUUCAGGUUCCACUGUGGCAGCAAACCUAGCCUGCAGAAAGUUCCUGAUCUGUGUGAAAUCGGUUCAGCUCAUAGGAUCACAUUCACUGCAGACAGUUGUCGAGCCAUAGUUUCCACUAGUACUGGAGAUAUAGCUGUGGUACAGUUAGGAGGAGAUGAGCUGCUGUUGUUGCAUGUUUUUCAUCCACUUGAUGACAGGUUGCUAAAGGAUGCAGUCCACCUGUUAACUGUCUCUCAUGAUGGCCAGUUCAUCGUAGCAGGUGAUCACUGCAGCAAUAUUGUUGCAUGGACCACAAGUGAUUACAAGCAUCAUUGUUCUCUGCCCAGAUACAGCUGUGCACCAACUGCAUUCGCUGUCCAGCCUCACACCAAUAUUCUUGUUGUCGUUUACAGCGACCAUAAGAUUGUGGAAUACAGUUUGCACAGUCGUAAAUAUACAGCAUUCUCCAGAGGACUUGAAAGCAGGCAUCCAGUGCAGUGGCUAUCCAGAAGUUUUGCAGUAAACAAUGUGAUAUUUGACCCAAACAAUGACGAUAUUAUUAUUCUUCAAGAUGAUAAUACAAUAUGCAUCAUCAAUAAGAAUAAGGAACUGCCUUUGGCUGAAGCCAAGAUUCCCAGAAUUGAUUCUCCACAGUUAUUUUCAGAUAGUCUGGACAGCAGUCAGGGUCAUCCUCGAACAGCUGCUCCUCAGCAUGCCUUCCAUGUUAUAAAGAAAUACAAGCAUCUUGUACACUUGGAUUGGCUGAGUGACACUGAACUGACUGCGGUUGAAGUGAGUCCACUUGCUCUUGCCGAGAAACUUCCACCUUCGCUUAAAAAGAAAAGGUUUGGUGUCAUGUAAGGUGGCAGAAGGAUGAAGCAAGAUCAAUGCAUUAGAACCUUUAAAAUAUUCAUUUUAUUUCCAUAAAUUAGAAUAUUAAUACUUUGAUAAGUGAAAUAUUUAUUUGUACAGCAUGUCAUAUAACGUUCUGAAAUUCUCUGUCAUUGUAAACACCUGCAUCCUUCAUAUAAGAAGAAUUUAUACAGUCUGUAGAAAAUAUUUGUUCUAAUGGCUACACAUGCUCAAAAAAUGGUUGAAAUAAAUUACAGUUCUCAAGUC